AUGAUUGUCCCCUUUUCUGUCGUCACGCUGCUCAUGGCCGCAUAUGCCUUGGCCGCACCCUCGUCCGGCCUCGUCCGUCGGACUUGUGGCCUGGGUCCCUCAUAUAUUGACAUCCUCAACGUCACCGCGCCCAAUCAGCCGUCAUCUACGUACACCCAAUUCACUCUCACCCGCGACGGUAACCCCGUCAGCAACACCCAAAUCGUUGCCAUGACCUUCGACCUCAUCCCCCCCUCUGCCACGGGCUGCCGACUGCAGAUUACCAUCCCCCAGCUCACCCAACCGAAUCAGAUCGCAUGGGGCUCUGCGACCCAGGCCGAGUUCUGGACCACUGACCCAUGGUAUCCCAACACUCCCCCGACGUGGAACAACCUACCGGCCAAGCGGGAAAUGGUGGCUACCUUUGGGUUUCCGACAUAUGUGACGAACUCUGUGUUUCAGACCAACUUGGCGAGCAAUGUCUGCACCGACCCGAUGAGCUAUCUCAUUCUCUUGAGCAAUUGGCAGACCCAGGCAGGAGGGGUGGAUUUCUAUAAUUCGCUGGGUGGGAAACAGGGUUUGGAGGUGUUAGGGUUUGAGAUGAUCUUUGAUUGUUGA